UGGUCACGUGCUCUAGUUGCUUAAAUAGCCCGUAUAAUUUGAAUCGUACACCUAGCGUUUUCGAUGGACCCGUUGUUGUGGCUUGUAGCUGCUGCAAUAGCUGCCAUAGUCCUACUUUUUGUGAGUAAGUACAGAAGGAGUAAGGGCCCACCUCAAGAAGAAAGAGAACGACAGGAUCUUCAGCAAGAUGAAGCGCUAGCAGGUCCGAUUCCGCGUCAUCGGAGGGGCAGAGACAGGAUGUAUGCCGGUGUUGCUGCUCUGCGGCGUGCACAACAAGAAGGAGAAGAUGUUGAAGACGUUUUAGCUAAUGACACUUUUCCAUUCAGCAAGAAGAUAGGUGCAAAGAAGCUGCGCAAAAUGGCAGAUAAAGAGAAACAAAAAGAAGCUCGUCAGCAAGAGGAAGCCAUGAGGGAGGACAAGAAACGACGAGAACAACUGCAGAUGGAGGAGAAGAAGAAGAAAGAAAUGGAAGAAGAAAACAAACAAGAAGAACAGAAACGACUUGAGCAACAACGGCAAGAAGAGAAAGAAAGGCAGGAACAAGAAAUAUUUGAACAAAUGAGACCUCUAUUUUCAGUUGAGGAAGAAGGUGUAGGUGAGCUGGAGACAAGUCAAGAGUCUGAUAAUUUGCUGCAAGAGUUCAUUCAUUAUGUGAAGACUCAGAAAGUGGUCCUACUGGAAGAUGUGGCAUCCCGGUUUCAUCUUCGACCUCAGGAUGCAGUGAAUCGUUUGAAGACACUUCAAAGUGAUGGCCACUUGACUGGAGUGAUUGAUGAUCGUGGCAAGUUCAUUUACAUCUCUAUGGAAGAACUGGAAAAUGUUGCUCGGUUUAUUAAGCAGAGAGGUCGCAUUUCUAUAUCACAACUAGUGCAGCAAGGUGCUUCAUUGAUUGACCUCAAACCCAGUGAUGAAUAAGUUUGUAAAAAGGAUGUGUAACAUGAACAUAAUAGAUAUUGACCACUGACACUACUGUGCCCCUGGAAGAUUAAUUAAAUUGAGCGGUUUUUUAUCACUUU